AGGUGGGGGAGGGUCCUGGUCCCCGGCUCCGCCCGGUCCCUCCCCGCCUUUUAGGCAGCUGGCUGGGACAUCCCAGUCCGGCUUGGUCCUCCAUACCCGCCACCCGUGCGCCCAGCUCGCGCAGUCAGCCCAGUCCUCCCGGUCUCCGUCGCCCGCCAGCCGGCCCGCCCCCCACCGCAGCCAUGGACGCCAUCAAGAAGAAGAUGCAGAUGCUAAAGCUGGACAAGGAGAAUGCCAUCGACCGUGCCGAGCAGGCCGAGGCCGACAAGAAGCAAGCUGAAGAUCGCUGCAAGCAGCUGGAGGAGGAGCAGCAGGCCCUCCAGAAAAAGCUGAAGGGGACAGAGGACGAGGUGGAAAAGUAUUCUGAAGCAGUGAAGGAUGCCCAGGAGAAACUGGAGCAGGCCGAGAAGAAGGCCACCGACGCUGAAGCAGAUGUGGCCUCCCUCAACCGCCGCAUCCAGCUGGUAGAGGAGGAGCUGGACCGGGCGCAGGAGCGCUUGGCUACAGCCCUGCAAAAGCUGGAAGAGGCUGAGAAGGCAGCUGAUGAGAGCGAGAGAGGAAUGAAGGUCAUUGAAAACCGGGCCAUGAAAGAUGAGGAAAAGAUGGAGCUGCAGGAGAUGCAGCUGAAGGAGGCCAAACACAUCGCUGAGGACUCAGACCGCAAAUAUGAGGAGGUGGCCAGGAAGCUGGUGAUCCUGGAAGGAGAGCUGGAGCGCUCAGAAGAGAGAGCAGAGGUGGCCGAGAGUAAAUGUGGGGACCUAGAGGAGGAGCUGAAAAUUGUUACCAACAACUUGAAAUCCCUGGAGGCCCAAGCGGACAAGUAUUCCACCAAAGAGGAUAAAUAUGAAGAGGAGAUAAAAUUGCUGGAGGAGAAGCUGAAGGAGGCUGAGACCCGAGCAGAGUUUGCCGAAAGGUCUGUGGCAAAGUUGGAGAAAACCAUCGAUGACCUGGAAGAUGAAGUCUAUGCACAGAAGAUGAAGUACAAGGCCAUCAGCGAAGAGCUGGACAACGCUCUCAAUGACAUCACCUCCCUCUGAGCCCCACAUCAGUGUGGCUGCCUCACCUUCCUCUCUCCUCUUUUCCAGUCUCUCUGUGGAGAGGGGGGCAGGCAGGAGGCACAGAAUUGCUGACAUUGCACAGCCAGGCUGGGAGCAGCCUAGGGAGAGCCCCCAUCACACCCGCCGCCCACUCCGGCACUGCUUUAUCCUUCUCUCUGUCCACUGUCCCCUCCAGCCCGCUCUGCUGCCUAAUAAACUCUGAACUCGGUCUCCACGCUGUUUUCCUGCCUUCCAGAGAGCACUGCCAUCACCACCCAGAGCACUGGAACACUCCUAAGACCCUGGCUCUUACCGACACCCUUAAUCUCCUGACACCCACCCCCGCUCUGUGCCCACUCACAAGACUCUGUGGCCCACGCCGAACCCCUCUGCACGGGCACUCCCAGCCUGCCACUCUCUGACCCUCACUGCUGCACGUGGGCACGUAUAGCCCCAUCCAGCACUGGGACCCCCUCUGGUGCCCAUAACUGACCUGGGAGCAAUGAGUUGGGGUUCCGGAACCUAAAGGAAAGUUGGAAAGGGAAGAGGGGUGAUGUGAUUCAGGAGAGGGCAAGAAAGUGGUGAAAGGUCUGGAAUGAAGUUCGGAAAACACUGGAUAUCUGCACCAUGGGGCUUUCAGUGCGCUGCAGGUCUGUUUGCUGCCUCGAGUCUGCCCAGCCCUCCCUCUCCUUGCUGUCUUUGUCUUUCCUUUUGUUUCUAACUUUGCUAAACCUUCUAAAAAAGGAGGGUAAAUUAGUUUAUGACUUAGGCCUCCCCAUCCCACCUUCAUGACCCCGAGGCCUUGAAUGAGGCACCCAUGUCUGUCCUGUUCCCUUUGUCCUGGUCACUCUGUCCAUCUGGCCCUGCCAUGUGUCUCCUAACCUGCUCCAUAUCUGUACGUCACCUUCCCCAUCCAUGCCUCUCCCCCUACUUCCCCCAUACCCUUUCCUCCUGUUUUCCCUUCCCUUC